AUGCUUUUGUGGCACUGGAUCAACCGUCUGUCUCAUAUUUUGGCUGAACAGAGGAACACCACAGACAGUCUGCGGGAGCGAGUUGCACAGCUUGAGGGGAGAAUCAGGGACACAGAUUGCCCUGUUGGCUACCAGCGGUUCCAGAGGACCUGUUACCGCUUCUCCACUAACCAGAAACCCUACAACGAGUCACAGGCCACUUGUCACGGAGAAGGUGGUCGCCUAGCAACGGUGAAGAAUAAUGAGACCCAGAACUUCCUAGCCAAUCACGUGAAGGCUACAACGAGAGCACACACCUGGAUCGGGCUGAGUGAUCAAGAGGCAGAGGGGCUGUGGGUUUGGGAUGAUGGUACUUUGCUGGUUGGUGAUGGAAUAUGGGGGACAGGCGAACCAAAUGGUCGCACAAGGGAAAACUGUGCUCACAUCUCCCCCGGCUUCCAUAACGGCCACUGGAAUGAUGUUGCAUGCUCAAUGUCUAACUACUACAUCUGUGAAGUCCUUGCUUAGACAGAUCCUUGUAAGAAGGGCUCCAGGAUGACCAAUGUCUUGAUGUAACUGAGCCUCUUAAUAAUGUACGUAUGUAUUCCAGUAAACACAAUAAACAUAUAUCAGCUUA